AACGCGUAUAUACUACAUAAUCUUCUUCCAUUAGUUGAAAUCCCCUCCCAUUCCUUGCCCUGCGCGAGCAUGUACGCGUUUGGCAAUCCGCAUUCGCGUUUCCGCUUUUGCUGUGUUUAGAACGACUCGCUUGCGUAUUCCUCUAUCCUGUUAGCACCGUCUCAGCUAGCUCUUGAAAUCCCUUCAUUGCGAUCUCAUUCCCCUUCUCGCCAUGGCCGGGGGGCGUCUCCCUCUUAGCAGAAACCGUUCUUAAUCACCAACUCUAAACGCGAUCUCCAAUCACCUCGUAUCUCCUCCCGCCAUGGCUGGCACCCGCUCCUCGCGAGAGGAGUCUAUUUUUGAGGCACCUCAGAAAUAGGCACCGGCUCCUCUCAACGAUCCGGCGUCUCCUUUGAAGCACCUCAACAGUAGACACCAUUUGAAGCACCUCAAUAGUAGACACCAUUUGAAGCACCUCAAUAAUAGACACCAUUUGAAGCACCUCAAAAGUAGACACCAUUUGAAGCACUCGGCUCAGCAGCACUCGGCUCAAUAGUAGACACCAGUUUCAAACUCCCAACCCUAGACACCAUAUUAUUUUCCCGUUUUUAAUUUCGUCACGCCAUGGCCGGCCCUCGCUCCUCUCAACGAUCCGGCGUCUCCUCCCGUUCCUCCACGCCACACGCCGCAUCCUCCGCCGGAAAUUCCGGCGCCAUUUUCGCCGGAUCGUCCGCUUCCGCUUCCUCCUCGUUCCUCUCCCGCGUAUUUCCCGCGCUCGCCGUGUCGCUGCUGGCUCUAGCCGCCGUUGUUUUCGCGUUCACCUACUCACGGCCGUCCCUUGGCCGAUGCGACUUACUUCAGCUACAGCUACUGGGACGGCAGGGUGGCGAUCUGGGAAAGCACCUGAAAGUGCUGGAGAAGCAGAUGAAUUACAACAAGAAGCUCGUUGGGGUGCUGCAGGCGUCACUGGCCAAGCUCGCAGCUGCUGACUCAGCAGCAGCAGUGGCAGAGGCGGACACAUCAGCGCCUGCUGACGUGGCAAUCCCAGCGAACGCCAGCAUGCGCCAGCUGGUCGAGGUGGCUGCGCAACAGGUGGCAGAUGAAGUCCGAGCAUCAAUGGAAGAAACAGAUUUCGCGCGUUUGCGCCACAUCGUAGGAGCUACGGUGAGGAGGACAGGCAAAUGGACGGCUGCACUUGCCGCCCGCUCCUGCCCCCAAUGCCCCGAGUGCUCCCUCACUCCGCCGCCCACAAUCGGGCCAGUUUGCACUGCUCCCGGGUUUGUCAACUGCAGCUGCCCGAACGGGCAGUCGGGCAGGCGAAAGUUCCCGAAGCGGACGGAGAAGCCGCUGUGCACGGACGGAGCAUCGCCGGGUAGGUGGAAAAGCUACAGUCAAUGGGAGGCCGACAACUGUCAGUACCGGGACAUUUCCACAGAUAGCCUCAGAGAAUGCCUCAAGGGGAAGUGGAUACACUUUUUUGGGGAUUCCCUCUCUCGAUUACUUGCUAAUGAGUUUGCGCGGCAGUGUGGCAUGCAGAGGCGGUCGUGGGAUGGGGACAAGACGCGGAGCACUCUGCUGGAUACGAGGGCGGACCAGCAGGUGGCAGAGGGGGGGAAGGGGGGAGGUGGGGGGAGGAGGAGGAGACUGUCAGGUGGUGGGCCACUAGGGGGAGGAGGAGAGGGGGGAGGUGCUGAGGGUGGUUGGUGGAAUGGAGGGGCAAAUGGGGGGAAUAGAGCAGUGGAUGGGGCGUGGAGUGGGCUGGAGGGAGGGGUGAUGGAGGAGUGGGAGGCGCCAGAGGAGGUGGGAGGAGGAGAGGAGGAGGGUAAGAGUGUUGGAGACGAGAGGAGGCUGGGCGGCAGGCGCCGUCUGCUUAUGUCGCGAGACGAGUGGCCGCGCGUGACUUAUUUGUUCCGAGGGAAGAUGGCCCACCAGAGGCACCCCGAGGAGAAUACUACGGAGGAGCGUGAUCUCAACAACAAGUUCCUCCAGUCGUUCAAGCAGCCGGGGGGGCAGCAGCCUGAUUUCCUAAUCAUGAGCAUGGGGGCACACGAGGUGAUUGGUUGGAAUCGCCGGCCCCCACCGGACCUGGAUGUAGCAACCUUCAAAAAGGACACAGAGGAGCUGCUACAGCUGCUGAGAGGGACGUACAACCGGGAUAAGGGCAUGCUGCUAUGGUGGAAGGCGCACUACAUCUGGCCAGGCAAGGUGACAGGGAAAGACUAUUUCACGGUUCGGCAGUAUCACGAGAUAUAUCAAGCUUACGCGUACAAGAGGUUUCAAGAGGAAGGCUACACUACCGCAGAUUUUUACCAGACCACCGAGGAUCGGCCGGAGCUUAUAUGGAAGCCGGAUGGAGUACACUACGGCUCAGAAGCUUUAGCUGUACACUCCAAGAUCCUUGCUAAUACAUUGUGCAAUAAGAAGUAGCAGUAGAUUGGGUUGGGUAUGUAUCGCAUGUAUGCUAUGAAAUUCCUGAUUUGUCACAUAUGGCUAAGGUGAAUGAAUCUGUCGUGGCACUGGGAUAGCCCUAUCGGACCUCUUCUCUCCCUAUGGAGGGUAUUAGGGAGGCUUUCCUUGGGGAAGGUGGAUAUAUGAAGCCUAAUUUUUUAGAAGAUAUCCCUUUUUGUCCCAAUGGUUAGGGUUGGUGACUUUAUGGCUUGGUAUCAGAGUGGUCCAGGGUUCAAUUCCUGGUGUACACGUUAUCUCGGCGGGAGGGUGUGUUGUGGCACUGGGAUAGCGGUG